UUCAGUCUGGACACAAGCAAACUUUCAGUUUUGUUUCAGUGUGUGUGUGUGUGUGUGUGUGUGUGUGUGUGCGUGUGUGUGUGUGUGUUUCAGAAGCUCUGAAUAAUAAAUAGCACCCUUUCCAUCCUCCCCCUCCAAAACCCUGCCAUCAUUACCAAGUCAAUGGAGGGAGGCAGGACGCGCUCAGCCUCCACAAGUUUUUUGCGCGUCAUUUCAACAUCUGCAGUGACGAAGCGUAGGUGAACACCACUUUUUUUAGUCAGUGUCUCUCUCUCUCUGUCUCACACAUACACACACACACGCACACACAUACACAGGCUGAGAGCGAGAAAACACACCGCAUGUGAUGGCUGGGUUAUUUUUGGGAAGUGGUGAUCGUUUCCACGCGAAAGAGCCUCUGCGCGCCUUUUAAGAUUUACCUCGUUGAGAGCGUUUUUUAUUUUAAUUUUAUUAUUUAUUAGGUUAUUUUUUGAAUGGUUAAACUGCGCAGUUAUACUCAUGAAUGAGUGUCCGAGUACUUCAUUCAUUUUUUGAAACUCCAAUCCAAGAAGAAGAAACAUGGAUAGAGUAUUUUUUCCUUUUUUCUUGAUAUUUAUUAUAGAGGCUCGUGCAUUGCGUUAUGGCAUCGCCAAUAACCUUCAACCCUAUAUGCCCAACGUGUGUGUGGAGAGGGAGGUGACACUGGUCGCCCAGAGGCAGCCGUGUGUGCAGGCCUUCACACGCAUGGUUAAAGUGUGGAAGCAGGGCUGUGUGGGGCAGUCAUGGUGCAUGGGAUACGAGAGGAGGACAGCGUACUACACUGCAUACAGACAAGUGUACAGACAGGAUUAUCAGACGGUGUACAAGUGUUGCCCUGGAUGGUCUCAACUUAAUGGAGAAGCGGGCUGUUUGUAUCCGGUGUGCAGCUACGGUGUGUGCUUCAACGGGGGCCACUGUCGGGAGAGAUCCACCCAGCUCUGUGACUGUCCUGCAGGCUUCAACGGACCCAGCUGCCAGUAUGAUGUUAAUGAAUGCGAGGAGACCAAUGGAGGCUGUGAGGGUCUCUGCUGCAACACCAUUGGGAGUUUCUACUGCAGGUGUCCGCCUGGACAGAAACUCAAUGAAGAUGGCAAAACCUGUCAAGAUAUUGAUGAGUGCCAGGUCCAUAAUGGAGGCUGCCAGCACAGAUGUGUUAACACCAGAGGCUCCUAUUACUGUGAAUGCCACCCGGGCUCUCGCCUGCAUGUGGACGGCCGCACCUGCCUCGCUGUUCAUUCGUGCGCCAUCAGCAACGGAGGAUGUGAACACUUCUGUGUGCAGCAGUCUGCCGCUCAUUUCCGCUGUCGCUGCAAGCCAAAUUACGUGCUGGCAGAGGAUGGCAAGCAUUGUCAGCUGCAGAAUCCCUGUGCAGAUCACAACGGAGGCUGCAUGCACGAGUGUCGUGUUGAUGGUGGGAAAGCUCACUGUGACUGCAGAGCUGGUUUCAUCCUGGCUGAAGACGGGAAAACCUGCGAAGAUAUUGACGAGUGUGAGACAGAAGAGGCCCACUGUGCUCACGGCUGCCACAACACACUGGGCUCGUACGCCUGUGUGUGUAGCGCUGCUUAUGAGCUGGGAUCUGAUGGAAAACAGUGUUACAGAAUUGAGAUGGAGAUUGUGAACAGCUGCGAGAACAACAACGGAGGCUGUUCGCACCACUGCCAACAUUCAACCAGCGGGCCUGUUUGCUCCUGUAACCAAGGUUACAGACUAGACGACGACCUAAAAACCUGUGCUGACGUGGAUGAGUGUGGAGAGCAGAGCUCCUGCUGCGAGCAGGACUGCACCAACUACCCCGGAGGUUAUGAAUGUUACUGCUCAGCAGGAUACAGACUCAACACAGACGGAUGUAGCUGUGACGAUGUAGACGAGUGUCUGGCUGCUAAUGGCGGCUGUGAUCACACUUGCCAGAACAGCGCAGGUUCCUUUCAGUGCUUCUGCCGCCGGGGUUUCCGUCUGGACGAGGACCGGCAAUCCUGCAUUCCACUAGAAGAUGCGGUUGAAGCCCUGUCCAGCGGAGGAGCCAUUGAGUUGCCUCUCAUUCGGCCCCUGCUCACACUGAUGCAGGACUACAACCAACCCCUGGAGCGAUAUGACGACUACGAGGACGACGAGGGCGAGCUGAGGGCCGAGAGUAACCUGGAGGAGAAAUUCGUGUGUUUGGAUGACACUUUCGGACAUGACUGCAGUUUGACGUGUGACGACUGUUCGAACGGAGGAAAAUGUAAUCUGUGGAAAAGUGGCUGCGACUGCCCCGACGGAUGGAGCGGUGUCAUCUGCAACCAGACGUGCCUAGAGGGAUAUUUUGGAAAAAACUGCUCCUUCCCCUGUAAGUGUAAAAACGGUGCCAGCUGUGAUCCGGUCACUGGGAGCUGCCGCUGUCCGCCCGGGGUCAGUGGAGACCUGUGCCAGGACGGCUGUCCUAAGGGCUUAUAUGGGAAGCAGUGCAAUAAGAAGUGUAACUGUGCCAAUAACGGGCGCUGCCACCGAACCUACGGAGCCUGUCUGUGUGAUCCUGGACUUUACGGACGAUUCUGCCACCUCCCGUGUCCUAAGUGGACGUUCGGUCCCGGCUGCUCGGAGGAGUGUCCGUGUGUCCAGCACAACACUCAGGAGUGUCACCGUCGCCAUGGCACCUGUGUCUGUAAAUCUGGUUACCAGGGCAACACCUGCAAAGAAGAAUGCAGCCCAGGUACUUACGGCCCCGGCUGUGAGAAGAAGUGCUCCUGUCCUCCAGAAGUGUCGUGUGAUCAUGUGACUGGAGAGUGCCAACGAAAAUGCCCUCCUGGUCUUCAUGGAGACGACUGUGAACAGGACUGUCCAGGGGGAAGGUUUGGAGCCGGCUGCGUGCAUGCUUGUAACUGCAGCGGCGCCCCGUGUGACAAAGUGACGGGACAAUGCAAGUGUCCAGCAGGGACGUCAGGAAAGCACUGUGAGAACUUGUGUUCGGAGGGUUUCUGGGGUCCGGGCUGCACAGAAACCUGCCCGGUUUGUGAGAAUGGAGGCGUGUGUGACAAACACAACGGGUCAUGUAGCUGUCCUGCAGGGUUCAUGGGCAGACUCUGCCAAAACUCAUGCCCGGGUGGACGUUUCGGUCAAGGAUGCCAAAUGAAGUGUGUGUGUGAGAACAAUGCUCGCUGUGAUCCGGUGAGCGGGCGGUGUACCUGCGCUCCUGGCUGGACUGGACACAACUGCAGGAAAGCCUGUGAUGCAGGGCACUGGGGGGCAAGCUGCGCAGAAACAUGCGACUGCAGGAACGGAGACGGCAGCUGUGAUGCUGCGACGGGCCAGUGCAACUGUGAGGCUGGCUACACUGGAGCACAGUGCCACCAGAAGUGCCCAUCAGGUGUGUUUGGUCUCGGUUGCCGCCAUCGGUGUCAGUGUGACAACAAGGCGCUGUGCGACCAUGUGAGCGGAGCUUGUACCUGCCAGGUGGGAUGGACUGGAACCUUCUGUGAAAAGCCGUGUCCUCAGGGUUUCUUUGGGCUGGACUGCCAGGAGAAGUGUUUGUGUCUAAACGGCGGGAGCUGUGACCACGUCAGCGGGGUUUGUUCCUGUCCUGCCGGCUGGAUCGGUCCGUUCUGCAACCUGACGUGCCCGACCGGUUUCUAUGGAGAAGGAUGUAACCAAACCUGUGGUUGCCGUAACGAUGGCAUCUGCCACCCGGCCAGUGGGCAGUGUGUGUGCACGCUGGGCUGGACCGGACCCAACUGCACAGAAGAAUGCCCGGCUGGGUUUUACGGCCCAGACUGUCGACAGCGCUGCUUGUGUCAGAACGGAGCCACCUGUAACAGGACCAAUGGAAAAUGUACUUGUGCCAGUGGAUGGAUGGGCACAGCCUGUGAACUGGAGUGUGUGGCUGGACGCUUCGGGGCCGACUGCCAGCAGCAGUGUGAAUGUGAGAACGGCGGCCAGUGUGACAGGCUGAGCGGACGGUGCAGCUGCAGCGCCGGCUGGAUCGGAGCGCGCUGUGAGAAAGCGUGUGAGCCGGGCCUGUUCGGUGCCGGCUGUGAGGAAAGAUGUGAGUGUGUGCACGGGACAUCAUGUCACCACUCCACUGGAGAGUGUCAGUGUCCACCGGGCUGGAGAGGAAAACUCUGUGACAAAGCAUGUUUACCGGGAUCGUACGGGAAGGCUUGCAUGCAGCGCUGCAGCUGUGCUCAGGGCACGUCCUGCCACCACGUCUCUGGAGACUGCGGCUGUCCUCCUGGGUUCACGGGGAACGGCUGUGAGCAGACUUGUCUUCCAGGAACAUUUGGACAGAACUGUAACCAGGUCUGCCAGUGCUCUGAGACCAAUCAGCUCUGCCACCCGGUGUCUGGAUCCUGCUACUGCGCUCCGGGUUUCCAGGGCCCCAAAUGUGACCAAAUUUGUGGAGAGGGUCGCUAUGGUCCAAACUGUGAGAGCGAGUGCCAGUGUGAAAACGGAGGGAAGUGCAUUCCUUCAACUGGAGCCUGUGAAUGUCCUGCAGGGUUUAUAGGAGCACGCUGCAACAUCACGUGUCCAGCCAGGCGUUACGGGGUGGACUGUGCUCGGGUGGCGCUGUGUGGAGACGGAGCCCAGAACGACCCGAGGACCGGUCGCUGUGUGUGCAUGGCUGGACGGAGAGGAGCGGACUGUGGACACGGCUGCCCUCCCGGCUGGUUCGGGCCGAGCUGUGUCCAGCGCUGUAACUGCAGUAAUGGUGCUGUAUGUGACUCUGUGACGGGGAACUGCUCCUGCGGUCUGGGCUGGACCGGUCCCCACUGCGCUAAAGAAUGUCCUGCGGGCAGAUUUGGUGCCAACUGCCAACUAAAAUGUAGCUGUCACAACAACGGGACUUGCGACAGAGUGAUGGGGACGUGUCAGUGCGGUCCGGGCUACUAUGGACAUCUGUGUGAACACGCCUGUCCUCCUGGUCUCCACGGCCCGCUCUGCCAGCUGCAGUGUGACUGUCUGAACGGAGCGUCCUGCCACCCAGCGUCGGGACGCUGUGUCUGUCCUCCAGGACGCCACGGAGCUCGCUGCCACAGAGUGUGUGGACAGGGCACAUACGGUCCCGGCUGUGCCGAGCUGUGUGACUGCGAGGACGACGCUCCGUGUGAUCCUGUGACCGGAAGAUGCCUCUGCUCCUCAGGGAAGACCGGACUCAGAUGUGACAUCGACUGCAGAGGGAAUCGUUACGGGCCCGACUGUGCAGAGACCUGCGAGUGUGACAACGGGUCCCAGUGCGACCGACGCAACGGCCGCUGCUCCUGCCUGCACAGCUGGAUCGGACUCUCCUGUCAAGAAGGUGGACCUCCACGUCUCGCCUACGGCAGCAGCAGCAGAGGAGACUCACGGCACGACAACUCAUUAUAGCAGCGCCAUCGAGCUGGGAGACGCCAACGACACCCGGGACAGAUAGGCCACUUUUUUUACUCAACUGAGUGACAGGAAGUUGUAGCAGGCAGCUGGAAGACCUUCAUGGAAAUAGACUCUCUGGUGAGAACUGCAGUUUCAUGUUUGGACCUGAGCUGGAUGAUUUUAUUUUUUUUAUUUUUUUUUUGCGUGCCAAAGUGUUGAACUGUCGGUCCGACCUGCCACACUGGUACUUUGUCAUUUUUUCUUGUGGUCAAAGUGGAACGUCAAACCUUUUUAGAUUGCUCCUCAACAACUACAUCCACAGAGUCGGGAGAUUUCGGUUGCGUUUACUGCACUUGCUGUAUUUUGUGUUUAAUAUUUUGUCCUCAAAAUACCUUUUGCAGGUACUGUGUAUAAAAUAAUCUCAAAUUUUGUACGGAAAUUGCUGGAUAUGAUGCAACCUCUGCAGUUGAGGUAGUUUUUUAAACCGUAUUUUAUUACUCUCCACUCAA